ACUCAUAGUGACCCUAUAGGAGAGGGUAGAACUGCCCUGUAGGGUUUCCGAGGAGCACCUGGUGGAUUCGAACUGCCGAUCUUUUGGUUAGCAGCCAAACUCUUAACCACUAUACUACCAGGGUCUCACAACCUAGUAUAGUUAGUUAAAUUCCUCCUUACUAGCCCUUUUUUUCCCCUAGAUUAAAUUGUUUUAAAACCCAUUGAAUACUCGUUUUCUAAAGAAUAUUUCUUAAAGUCUGUUUAAGUCCUUGAUUUUAAUCAUCUCCAAAUCUGAGUGUGUGCUUAAUCUUUUCUAAGUGACUGAGAAUCCUUCUUUGACGUCAUAGCUGUCUCAUAGCAACCUCGACCCAAGCAAACAAUGAAAUCCUCUGUUCUGUAGAGUAAAGGGAGUAGGCAGGGGGUCAGGGAGAAUCAGGUGUCUCUCACUCAGAAAACAUCUUCAGAAGCCUUGGGCAGGAAGAGUACCUAAAAAGGGAGAAGGAGCUACAUUUAACAUCUAUUUUGCUGAUAAACAUUCUAAUUCUAAAAGGGCAUCUUGGCCCUUGUCUUCAUGAAUUUUCAUUUCCGUUUAAAAUUCCUUACACGGACAGUGUUUCACACUUUACAAAUUAUUUUCAUGUACAGUAUAUCAUUUGAUGCUCAAAGUAACCUUGCUGCAGUAGGCAAGGAAGUCUUAAUUUACAGAGGAGGAAAUAGAAAUAGAAAUUUGGGAGGAUAAGGCACUUGCCUCCUGGUUCAGUGUUCGUAAUCCUUACUAUAGAAGGUUUAGGGGCAUUUAAAGUUGUUAAUAACUUAAUUCAAAUUAAUCCUCUUUUUUAGACUUUAAUAUUUGAUUUCUUGUUUGUUGAGAUUUAACUGAGCUUUUGAAACCCUUAAUUUAGAUCCCGCAGUUUGGAGGGGAGGGGAAAGGGUCAAGAACAGUAUAGCUCUACUGUACAUUUGAGGUGAUUUGGAAGUUUCACUUCAGCUUCUAAAGUCUUUUCAUCUUUGUUUUCCCAAGAGGUAGAUUUAAACUUGUUAAAGGAUGUGAAAAGAAGGAAGACUGGUGAGGUAGUUAUUAGGAAGCAUAGAUAGUAAAGCAACAACAUUGUGAUUUUUUUUUCCCCUGCUUUAUGGCCUAAUCUGUUAAUAAGGACUGGAUUUUUGUAUUAGAGUAUACUGUUUUGACAAUGGAUGCAUCAUACCUUUUGACUUUGAAGGAUAUCUCAUGUUGAAGAAAUUAAGUUAUAUCAAGGAAGAUUCAACUGAAAUACCUCGGAGUGUUGGCUGAGGUGGUGAAAUUCCUACUGAGACAUGAAGACUUUGGCCACUGGUUUCAUCCUUGUGAGCCUGGUGUUGGCCUUCUACAUGCCUUUCGUGGUGACUUUACCUAAAACACUGGCCAUCCCCAAGAAGCUGCAAGAAGCUGUAGGGAAAGUUAUCGUCAAUGCCACAACCUGUACUGUCACAUGUGGCCUUGGCUAUAAGGAGGAGACCAUCUGUGAGGUGGGCCCUGAUGGAGUGAGAAGGAAGUGUAAGUUUCAGCGCUUGGAAUGUCUGACCAACUGGAUCUGUGGAAUGCUCCAUUUCACCAUUCCCAUGGGGAAAGAGUUUGAGCUGAGCUGUCUGAGUUCAGACAUCCUGGAGGUUGGGCAGGAAGCUUUCCGGUUCACCUGGAGACUUGCUCGAGGUAUCAUCUCCACUGAUGAUGAGCUCUUCAAACCCUUCCGAACCAAUUCCCACUUUGUGAGGUUUGAACCUGCUCGCGAGUUUGACUCUGGGACAUACCGGUGUGAUGUGCAGCUGUUAAAAAACUUGAAACUUGUCAAGAGGCUCUAUUAUGGCCUGAGGGUCCUUCCUCCCCACUUGGUGAACCUGAAUUUCGAUCAGUCCCUGACUGAGGAUCAGAAGUUAGUAGAUGAGGGCCUGGAAGUGAAUCUGGACAACUAUUCCAGGCCUCCCCGUCCAGCGUGGAAAAAGGAUGUGGCAUCUGCCUUGAGAGUAGGAAUCGCCAGUGGUGUGGCUGGCGGCGUGUUGCUGAGCGUGGCCCUCUGCAGUGGGCUGAGGGUGAUACACGGCGACAGCAGCCUUAGCAGGUUCAAAGAUUGGCGCCCAAAGGACUGGCUGUUCAGGAAGCCUGGCUAGCCUUUUAGAGAGCGUUCUGGCUGCCACAUUGUGGAUGGGCUGUGAGGGAGGGUCCCACUGCCAAGAGUGUGUGGGGAGGGGGUUGUGCAUUAUGUACCAGAUGGAUCUCUCCCUGAUCCCCCCUUCCCACCAGGUGCCUAGGAAACUGACUGCAGGCAUCUCCCCUGUUCCUGGGAAGAGUUCUGUCUUCCAAGCUUGCAUUCAUUUUGUACCCUUUACAACUUGUAGGCCUCCCCACCUCCACCAUAUAUUCAUGUAGAAGGAUGUAUUAAUAGCUUUUCUAGUGAAAACAUUUUUUUUCCUCAUCAAUAAAAAUAAUUAAUUCACAGUAGCUGUAUGAUGACCUAACCUUUUCUUUUGUGCUCUUUAGUUGAAAAUUCCUUGUGUUGGUUUAAAUUUUCCCAUAAUUGGUCUGGCUCUCAUUUUCCUCAAGUUUCUUAGAAUAGACAUUGAACAAAUUGUCUCUUUGUAGGGGGCCACAUGCCCUCGUGUGGCAGAGCUGAGGUUGUUAGUAACACCAUUAUGUAUGUAAUAGAUGCGUGUAUGUAAUAGACAGUCAUUCAAUGUUAAUAAAUUACCUGCCCUCCCUGUACUCCCGCAGGUGAACCCUCUCG